UGGGACAAAUGAGCACACAGCCGUGGACCAUUAACGUCACUUUACUCAUUUCGGUUUCUCUGUGCACACGCGUAUACAUGCCGGCGCAAACGUUGACGCCUAGUAAGGAACUGGACUCAAAGUGUGUCGAUCACCUGCGCCGGCCCAACACUACCGCCGCGUUCUGCAAUGACCCAAUGUCGCUGUAUUCGAGCGCCAAAGUUAUCAAACCAGGCCACUACACGGGCAUCUCGAUUACUCCGGGUACCCCGCAGCUGGUGUCGACGUAUGAGACGAACGAAACAGUCAGUGAAAAGUACUGUAUGCUCCGGCAGCAAUUCACCACAAUGCCAUUGGGAUUGGCACUCUUCGACAUUGAGUGUGAGGAUUGGGAGAGAAAGUGCUCCGUGACGAGCAGUCCCAUCGCGGGCAAGGACAGGUUCACCGACAUCGUCAACUACUUCAGAAGAGUGUCCAAGCAGGAUCCCGCCUCACUACCCUGCAAACUAACGCCAUAAGACCCGUGCUAAAAGGGCACCUCGUUUCUCAAUAGCUUUGUCGAGGAACUAUUUGUUUGUCGCUAUGUGCUCUGAAGCAUUAUUUUGGACGCCCCUCGCACGUCGGAGGAUGUCAUGGUUUGAGGGGUCGGAGGCCCAGCCUUUGGCGUGUACAUUUGAGUGUACGCUAAACGACUUCCAAGCAGAAGCAAACCGUACAUUUGUUUCACGUUUCCCGAAAAUAAGUUGUUGAGCCUUUAACAAAGUAUGCGAAAUAAUAAUACACUUAUUUUCGGUGUGCAAGAACAUUUGUUUUCCUGCCUCCCUGCUUUGUUUUUGUACUUGUGAUUCUUGGUCUUGUCCUCGCGUUCGUUAUGAUGCUGAC